CGUCGUGUAGAGAGAGAGAGAAGGAAUUCCAGUCCCAGCUAAACACAAUCUGUUACAGAUUUAUAUAUACCCCCGCUUGAGAUUAAAAACCCUCAUAAUCAAAUCAGACAGAAAAUUGAAAGCUCUAGUGACCGAUCAUGGCGGCUUCGAGCGGGAUUGAUGAGUAUUUCGCCGUGGAUGUGGAGGCGCAGGCGGAUCGCAAUCACUUCCCGAGACGGUCGAACGCCGAGUGCGUGGAGCUGGACGAGGAUGAGCUGAUGUGGGCGGCGCUGGAGAGGCUGCCGUCUCAAAAACGCCGGAAUUUCGCUCUGGUGAAGCGCGAUGCGGCGUCUCAGACAAAAGCUGCGGCCGUCGGCGGGGCGAUUACGGAGGCCGUCGAUGUGCGGAGGCUCAAUCGCGCCACGCGAGAGCUGGUGGUCAAGCAGGCGUUGGCGACUACGGAACAGGACAAUUACAGGCUCCUCGCCGCCAUUAAAGAUCGCCUCGACCGAGUUGGAUUAGAGUUGCCAAAAGUCGAGGUUCGCUAUCGAGAUUUAACAAUUAAAGCAGAUGUACAGAUUGGUUCAAGAGCUUUGCCAACUUUGAUCAACUUUGUUCGCGAUACAAUCGAGAGUAUAUUAACAGGAUUAAGAGUCUUUCGACCGAAGAGACACAAAUUAACCAUCUUGAACAACAUAAGUGGUGUCAUUAGACCUGGAAGGAUGACAUUGCUUUUAGGACCUCCGGGUUCAGGGAAAACAACAUUACUUCGUGCCCUAGCUGGAAAACUUGAAAAUGGCUUAAAGAAAAGCGGAACUAUUACGUACAACGGCCAGGGGCUUGAUAACUUCUGUGUGCAAAGAACCUCUGCUUACAUAAGCCAGACCGAUAACCACAUUGCUGAGCUAACUGUACGAGAAACUUUCGAUUAUGCCGCCAGAUUCCAGGGUGCAGACCAGGGUUUCGGAGAAUAUAUGAAAGAUCUUACACAUCUAGAGAGGGAAAGAAAGAUACACCCCAAUCCUCAGAUUGAUGCAUUCAUGAAGGCAUCAUCCGUUAGCAGUAGAAAACACAGUGUGUGUACAGACUAUGUUUUGAAAGUCCUUGGUCUUGAUAUAUGUUCAGACACCAUAGUUGGUAAUGAUAUGCUUAGGGGUGUCUCAGGUGGACAACGAAAGAGAGUUACAACAGGAGAGAUGAUUGUUGGGCCUAGAAAGACUCUGUUUAUGGAUGAGAUAUCUACUGGACUUGAUAGCUCCACUACAUACCAAAUUGUGAAGUGCAUUAGGAAUUUUGUACAUCUAAUGGAUGGAACAGUCCUAAUGGCCCUUCUUCAGCCUGCCCCAGAGACUUUUGAUAUGUUUGAUGAUCUGGUUUUGCUGUCAGAAGGAUAUGUAGUCUAUCAUGGUCCACGAGAUAGUGUUGUUGAGUUCUUCGAGUCAUUAGGUUUUAAACUACCACCUCGUAAGGGGAUCGCAGAUUUUCUUCAGGAGGUCACUUCAAGGAAGGAUCAGGCACAAUACUGGGCUGAUCAUUCACAACCCUAUGUGUUUAUGCCAGUUUCAAAAAUUGCUGAAGAAUUUAGAAAUUCCAGAUAUGGUCAGGCCCUGGAGUCCUCUCUUUCAGUUCCUUAUGUAAGAACUGAUGACCAUCAUUCAGCUCUGUGCACUAAAAAGUUUGCAGUGUCCAACUGGGAGCUCUUCAAAGCAUGUUUUUCCAGGGAACUGCUUCUCAUCAGAAGGCACCGAUUUCUUUAUAUUUUCAGAACUUUCCAGGUUGCAUUUGUGGGACUCGUGACAUGUACUAUGUUUCUAAGAACCCGGUUACAUCCCACUGAUCUGGUCAAUGCAAACCUUUACCUUUCUUGCUUAUUUUUUGGACUGGUCCAUAUGAUGUUCAAUGGAUUUUCAGAAAUGCCUAUUACUAUUUCCCGCCUACCUGUGUUCUACAAACAAAGAGAUAAUCUGUUUUAUCCUGCGUGGGCAUGGUCUAUCUCUUGUUGGGUUACUCGCAUACCUUACUCAGUAAUUGAAGCAGUUAUAUGGUCUUGUGUUGUAUACUAUACUGUCGGAUUUGCUCCUGGCGCGGGAAGGUUUUUCCGCUAUAUGUUUGUCCUGUUUUCCAUACAUCAAAUGGCAUUAGGCCUCUUUCGCUCAAUGGCAGCUCUUGCACGGGAUAUGGUCAUUGCUAGUACAUUUGGGUCGGCUGCCUUGCUAGUUGUAUUCUUAUUGGGAGGUUUUAUAAUCCCUAGAGAUAUGAUAAAGCAAUGGUGGAUCUGGGCCUUUUGGGUAUCACCACUAUCGUAUGGGCAAAGAGCAAUAUCUAUUAAUGAAUUCACUGCAACAAGAUGGAAUGAGAGGACUAUAGGAAAUAUUACUCUUGGAAACAGCCUUUUGCAAUCACACAGCUUACCUGCAGGUGGCUAUUGGUAUUGGCUGGGAGUUGGUGUUUUAUUGCUCUAUGCCUUGUUUUUCAACAUUUUAGUGACUCUAGCAUUGACAUUCCUCAAUCCCCUCAGGACAUCUCAGGCACUCUUAGAAGAAAGUUCAGCUAUUGAUGGAAAGAAAAACAAUGCAAAUUCUAUCAUCAGAAAAAGUGCAAGUAAAAGAAAAGGGAUGAUUCUCCCAUUUCAACCGUUAACAAUGACUUUCUAUAAGGUCAACUACUUUGUUGACAUGCCAAAGGAAAUGGCUUCACAAGGUGUAACACAAAAGAGGUUGCAACUACUGUCCAAUGUUAGUGGAGUUUUCUCACCUGGCAUUCUUACAGCAUUAGUCGGGGCAAGUGGAGCAGGGAAAACCACUCUGAUGGAUGUUCUAGCUGGUAGGAAGACUGGUGGAUAUAUAGAAGGUGACAUCAGGAUAUCGGGUCACCCAAAAGAACAGCGCACUUUUGCAAGAGUUUCAGGAUAUGUCGAACAAAAUGAUAUACAUUCUCCUCAAGUUACAGUUUUUGAAUCCCUCUGGUUUUCUUCUUAUCUAAGGCUGCCCAAGGAAGUGAACCACAAACAGAGACAGGAGUUUGUUGAAGAAGUAAUGGAAUUAGUCGAGCUUGAUACGUUGAGGAAUGCUAUAGUAGGCUUGCCAGGUAGUAGUGGAUUAUCUACAGAACAAAGAAAACGUUUAACAAUUGCAGUGGAACUUGUGGCAAACCCAUCCAUCAUUUUUAUGGAUGAACCUACAUCUGGACUCGAUGCUCGUGCAGCAGCCAUUGUCAUGCGAACUGUUCGUAAUACUGUUGACACUGGAAGAACUGUUGUGUGCACCAUCCAUCAACCAAGUAUUGAGAUUUUUGAAGCAUUCGAUGAGCUACUUCUUAUGAAACGAGGUGGGCAGAUGAUAUAUGGAGGAAAGCUUGGACAGCAGUCACAAACAAUGAUAAACUACUUUCAGAGUAUGCCAGGGACUCCCCAGAUUCCUCCUGGCUACAACCCUGCAACGUGGAUGCUUGAGAUCACUACACCUGCCGCCGAAGAAAGAAUAGGUCAAGACUUUGCAGUAUUAUAUAGGAAUUCUGAGCAGUACAGGGAUGUUGAAGCUUCAAUUCAACAGUUCAGCAUUCCGCCUGAAAACUCGGGACCUUUGAAGUUCGACUCCAUCUAUUCUCAAGAUACAUUUUCUCAAUUUAGAAUCUGUCUCUGGAAGCACAACACUGUGUACUGGAGAAGUCCAGCAUACAAUGCAGUGAGGAUAUUUUUUACUCUAAUGAGUGCACUCAUCAUUGGCUCAGUAUUUUGGGGUGUUGGUUCCAAAAGGGACUCGACGCAGAACUUAAUGGUGGUAAUGGGAGCUCUGUAUUCAACUGCCUUAUUUCUAGGUGUCAACAAUGCCUCAUCUGUACAGCCAAUAGUUUCCAUAGAGAGAACAGUUUUCUACAGAGAAAGGGCAGCCGGCAUGUAUUCACCUCUCCCUUAUGCAGCAGCUCAGGGCCUUGUUGAGAUUCCAUACAUUCUGGCGCAGACAGUACUAUAUGGCUUCAUCACAUAUUUCAUGAUCAACUUCGAAAGGACAGUGGAGAAAUUUCUCCUGUAUCUGGUGUUCAUGUUCUUAACAUUCACCUACUUCACCUUUUACGGAAUGAUGGCUGUUGGACUCACAUCAAACCAGCAGACUGCCGCCGUUCUCUCCUCUGCAUUCUACUCAUUGUGGAAUCUCCUCUCUGGCUUUCUCGUUCCCAAACCUAGCAUUCCAGGGUGGUGGAUAUGGUUCUACUAUAUCUCCCCCGUCGCAUGGAGUCUGAGGGGGAUCAUCUCGUCUCAACUUGGCGAUGUGGAAACGUUGGUUGCGGGUCCCGGGUACGAGGGUACGGUGAAAGAGUAUUUGAGGAUCAGCCUAGGGUAUGGACCUGGGAUGGUAGGGUGGUCUGCCCUAGUGCUUGUCGGAUUCAGCAUCGUCUUCUUCUCUGUCUUUGCUGCAUCCGUCAAGUACCUCAAUUUCCAACGGAGAUGAUGACGACGACGACGACGACGACGCAUAACAUGUUUGCCUCACUUUUGCUCCCUUCAAUCCCAACAAUAUUUUUUUACAUGCAGUUUUGUUCACAUAGGUUCCCUCAUACUAUAUACUACUAAACUUGAGUUCACCAA